GUUUCCUACCUUCUCACACCCAGUCAGCGAGGUGGGUAGUGGGUGGAUUGAUGGAUGGACGAGAUGGGUCUGUAAUUAAGAGUUAUUGAUAGAGGCAAACAAAAGAGCGAUCUCGUACUUGGGUAUCACGACCUCGAAGCUUCAAUAUCCCAUGAAAUAUCUCGAGGUCUCUCUGAGAAAGUUUGGGUUGUGAGGAAGUCGCGCCCGGAUCUCGACGACAACACCAGCAGGCAUCAGGAGGCAGAGGACAAGGACCAGCAGCGUCAGGACGCACCGGACGCAACAAUGGAGCCUCCGGACGCGACCCCCGCCAAGACAAUGGGAAAAUCCUUGUUGCAAUUUACUCCUAAUUCGGUCUAGUCAAUGGUGUCAAUCCUCGCGAGAGUUCAAUAGCUCCUCAUCAUAACCCAAGUUACCCUACUCGAGUACAGUACAUACCGGUGCUGUGCAAAUAUCGGCAAUAAACAUCUUCUCAUUGUCGCGCUCCUUGUCAAUUCAGCCAUACACAUCCCCAUCCCGAAAACAAUGGCCACCAGACGAACCCUAAAGGGAGAGAAGGUGACGGAGAAGGAGGACAUCGCCGCCAUUGUUCCUGAUACCAACCCCAAUGGUGCCAAUCCCAAGAAUGACAGCGGAGGUCCCGCAGUUCCUGGGUGAGUUAUCCGUCUCGUGAGCGAGGGGUGAACAUGGCUGACGGAGCGCAGAUCUGUCAUUGCGAAGCUACUACUAUUCACACUAGCAAUGGUCGUAGCUCCCUUGGGUUCCUAUUUCUUGACGGUGAACGCCGUGUUCAGUGGUACGCUUCCCGUGCGAACCCUACCAAACCCUACCAAACCCCAUUAACACAGCGCAGGAAACACCACGUUUGCUGGGGCUACGGCGGCGGUUGUUGCUAACGUUGUCCUGAUCACAUACGUACUGGUAGCUAUGGCAGAGGAUACUAGGGAGCAGGAGGAGGCGAAGAAAUCGCAAUAGGCCACCGCUAGAGAGAGAGGGAGAGGUUGAUGGAUAGUCUACCGCUUAAUUUAAUAUAAUACAAGCUGCAAGGCAAGACUAUGCAAGACUACGCGAACCUGAUCAUCAGGCCGAGGAGUUGGAAGCCCGUUUUGAGACGAAGGGAUCCAGCGUAUCAAGACUCAUCAAAGAACUCCGCUGAGCAGCAAUCUGUGGGUUGCGUUUUCUGCGUUAGCCUGCUUCUCUCUUGUGCCCGCAUCGUUCCUGUCGACCAUCGUCAAUACCGGUAACAUUAUGGUAUACCAAGCACUGAAAGGUAUGAGUACGGUAGCAUGACCGCACAUAUUAUACGAGUACCUCACACCCCUCCUUCCUUCACACGAGACACUGCGGCCAACCAUGUGGGAAGGCUGGUGGGCCUGCCGGUAUAUACGGUACUCGGGUGCGGGUAACUUACAGUAUGAUUACUUGGGUGAUAAUGGUAACGUCGUGCUCAAAUGUUUCCCUGGAAGCGCCCAACGUGAUGAAACAUACUGCUAUCGGCAUCAUACCGCUAAUCCAGUAACUUUGGCUCCAAAGAGCCCCUCUUCCUUCGUCCC